AAUAUUCACAAUCACUCUUCCUCUCUCUCCCCGCUCAAGCCCUGAAGCCAUCAGUAUACAAACAGAGGGGACAGCUCCUGCAGUGGCGGUGCCAGAGGAGGCAUCGCAUCGCAUCGCGCUGCACUGCGCAUCCUCCCUCCCCACCCCCUACUGCUGCAGGCUUCCUCCCUGCAUCCCUCCAUCCUUUCCCCCCCACAUCACUCCCCCCCGGCAGCCCUCCUUCCUGCAUCUCUCCUUCCCGCAUCCCUCCCUCUUCCAUUCCUCCCUCCUGCAUCCCUCCCUCCAUCCCUCCCUCUGCCUGCGCGGAGGCGCGGACAUGGCGCUUAGCAAUUUCCUCUUCGCUCAGUGCAUCUGCUACUUCCUGGCCUUCCUCUUCAGCUUCAUCGUGGUGGUGCCUCUGUCUGAGAACAGCAAUGACUUCCACGGCCGGUGCCUGCUCUUCACCGAGGGCAUGUGGCUCAACGCCAACCUGACGGUGGAGAGGCAGCGCUUCACCGUGCAGGAGUGGGGGCCCGAGGCCGCCUGCCGCUUCAGCAUCUUCACCGGGCUCCUCUCCCUGCUGCUGGCCACAGUGCAGGCCUGGAGGACCCUUUUCUUCCUCUGCAAAGGGCAUGAAGACUCUUUCUUUUAUGCUUUCCUGAAUCUGCUGAUCAGCGCCUUUGUGGUGUUUAUCACAUUUAUUGCUAGCACUAUAGUGAGUGUAGGAUUUAACAUGUGGUGUGAUGCAAUUACCGAAAAAGGAAGCAUGCCAAAUAGCUGUGAAGAAUUACAGGAUAUAGAUCUUGAACUGAACUUAGAAAACUCUGCUUUCUACGACCAGUUUGCUAUUGCACAGUUUGGUCUCUGGGCUGCCUGGCUGACUUGGCUGGGAAUUACCAUUCUGGCUUUCCUGAAGGUUUAUCACAACUACAGACAGGAGGACCUGCUAGAUAGCCUGAUCCAUGAGAAGGAGCUGUUGCUAGGAAGAUCCUCUUCACGAACAUCUUUGCAAGAUGAGAAAAGUGCCAUGAUCUAAAGCGUAAGCAAAUUUCCAGGGCAGGAUCUAGGUUCUAUUAUUCAGUAGUGCAAGCUGAUGUUGAGUCAGAGUACUGAGUGUGACAGAUCUUUUCCUUCUUGAAAAAAAAAAAAAAAAAAAAAAAAAAAAAGCUGUACUUGUGAAUCACCCACUUUCUCAAUGAAAAAAUUGUUGUCAGGAGUAUUUAUAUGAGGAUACAGAGAAUGAACUGCCCCAUGUCCCAUUGACAUUGACAUAGCAAACUUUCUGUCCUGCACAGGCAGGGAGCAGCAUAAUCUGUAACCUGCUGUUGCUAGCAGAGUUCCUGUGUGUUAUCACUGGCUUGCGGGGCAGUGACUGUUUUUGAGGACUGUGCUGGCAAGACCAGGCUACAGAAUCUAGGCUAUUCCUCCGUAUUGUUCUGUAACAACAGUAAUAACUGGAGCUGCGUCCAGUCACUCUUGUCUCUCUCUCCUCCCUUUUGCUAAUAAAGCUGCUCUCAUUCUCACUUUAUUCUGGGCGGUUGUAGCUCUGGUCCGAGUACAGACUCUUGCUGUCUCUGCGUUUGCUAUGUGUGGUCACUGUGCUGACAAACCUAUUGUUUCCACUCUGAUUUUGAUUUUGCUUAGAACAUACAGACCUGUGUUCCAGAUGAUACUUACUAUGAGACAGUUUUAAUGAAUUUCAUGAAACCAUUAUGUUAUCUGUAAAAAGCUGUGUGCCAUCUGAAGGGAUGGAGGAGAAUGUCCGUGUUUUUAUUUAUUCUUAGAGUUCGGCAUGGCCAUCGUUUAUUAUGGCUUCCUGAAGUGUAGUUUAGCUAGCAAUUCCUGAAGCUUGCAUUCUAAGAAGUUAAGCCAAGUUCACAGUAUUAAUGCUUGUGCAUUUAUAAGCAUAACUUGGUCCCUAAUAUUGUAUACUAUUUAGUUCUGAGUAUUAGAGUUUACUUGUGAUAUUUAUUUCAUAUAGAAUAUGCAAAAUUUUUGUAAACAUUUACAUUGUAGGUAUCUCUGUAUAUCUUUCAACAUAGCAAAGAGCAUGAACAGCUGAGCUAUUUUAUAGGCACUCAGUGCUGAAUGGGCCUGUUCUCCCCACUCCUGGGCAAGAGAUCCAGUGCUGAUGAAGUUUGCUCUGCAAAGGGAGAACAGUUACUUUCACAAAGCUCACUUGUGACCUUGUUGUUGCUUUCAGUUUUGCUUGGCCAGCACUUCAAUGAAUAAGGUGGAUGAGAAGUAGCUCUGAUAAUUAAGAAUUACUUAGGUGAGUGUGGGAUUGCAUGGCAGAGAACUAAAGUUGUGCUAGAAUAAGGCAGUUAUACCCAGGUGCAUGAUGCACAGUAGAUCUUUUUCAACAGGAAAUUUAAGCAAGAAGUUAAGUUUAAGUAGCAGAAGAAUUUCAGGGAGCACCCUAACACUGCCUGUGUCAGCUGAGCUUGAGCUGACAUUGAAUUUAUUGCAAAACAAGUGCAAACCAUGUACUUCUAUACUGCUUUGUAAAUAGGAAACGGGGAGAAGACAGCUGGCUUCUCUCCCAUCAGAGCAGAAGCAUGGGGCAAGCAAAGCCAUGUAAAUUUACCGUUGUCUUCUGAGGACUAUAUGGUGCAUAAAGUUAAGUACCUGCUUAAGUAGCUGAAACAGAAUUUGAAGUCAUAACAAAUCCUUUAAUUUGUAAGGAUUUUAGGGCAUAAAAUCUAGCAUCACAUUUAACAACUAAAUUGUUCCCUCAGAUUUAGGAAAAAAAAUUGGCCAUGUGGUGUAAGCCGUGAGUUCACCCUGUGAACGUCUCUCGUAGCCCCAGCUGGCCAUGGCUGUCUGUAGGGAGACCUUGUUUUCCACUGUGAUUUUAAACCACAAGGGAAUGCAGUUCCUCUGAAAGCUUUACAACAGUGGCUUUUUUUUUUGUAGUUGUGAAUUGAAAUAAGAGGAAAAGUUCCUAAAGGGGGAAUCAGAGAUUAGUUAAUUGCUAUUAACACUAGUUAACACCAAUUUAAAAUUCAGAGACCAGGACUACUGGAGUUUUUCUUUUAUUCAAUUAGUCUAAUAGGAAAGACAUUCCUUCAGUUACCCAAGACCUUUGCCAGGGCAUGACCUUCCCCUUCUAACCAGGAAAAAGUGCUUAGGAUGUGAAAGUUACCUUGUUUCCUCUGCUUCCCCAGUUGCUUCUCUGACUAUAAAAGACACUACUUCCCUUUCCAACCUCACCUUGAAUUUAAGACUCAUGAGUGAUGUCUCCUUCCACAAAUACCUUCAGUGCAUGCCUAACUCCUUGCAUGGGAUCACGCUGCUGCUUUGUAUAGUACGAUGUCUGUAUGUGCCAAAUCAUACUUAGGCUGCAGUAGCACGUGUGUUGCUGGUCUUGCCUGGGGGUCUUAAGAACUGGGGGGCAGAUGGCAGUGAGUGUCUCCUCCUUAUCACUCCUCUGAGGCACCAGGGCUCAAGCCUGGUCACUGCUUCUGAGGAGGAAGAUGCUGCUUCUCUUUGUGAGAUUAUCCAGAGCUGACAGUCUCUUCUACCUAUCUUUCCCUGUGCCUCUGUGUCUUUUUCUCCUUUUUACUUCCAUGAGAAGCAGCAGACACUGAGUCUGGAGUUUCUACUCUUGUUGGCUUUUGUGGAUAUCAUAUUCACUAACAUUUAUCACCCUGACACUAUCUCGCUGACACUGUCUUCAUUGUUCUGCAUCUCAGUGGACAGAAAGUGGGAUCUUUAAGCACCUGGGACAGUCAGGUUCCUACUGCUAAGUCCAUAGAAAAGAAAUACCUCACUUCAGCCUUUGGAAGUGCCACCCCAAAGCAAUUACAUGUAUAGACUCACCCGUUAACUUUGUCAUCAAAGCUCAGCCUGUCUCAUCCAUUUACCUGGGUGAAUUCCUCUACCCCUAGUUCAAUUUCAAUGCCUGUAUGUACAAGCAUCUUGGUAGUUGGAGUUGGCUUGUAAAAUGAAGGAGGCUGAGGUUCUCCUUUGAGUCCCACAUGACAGGGUUCUUUCUUCAUCAGCUUCACACAGCUGACCAGGUGGAGUGAGGCUGGCACCCAGCUUGUGAGCAUUGUUGAUGCUUAAAAGCAAAGCUGGUUUUGAAGGAAGACCCUGGGCGGGUGAGAACGCAGUGUGUGGUGAGCAGCCCUCUUGUUGACUGGAGGGAGGAAAGGAACAGUGCAAGGAUGCAGUUAUUGGGCCUCCCUGGGCUUUUUUUUUUUUUUUUUUUUUUUGAUUUGCAUUUAGCUUUCUGCAAACUCUUCCCCUAAAGCUUGGACACUCAGGCCAACUCAUUGUCUAUGUUUUAGAAUGGCAACAUUACAUAUACCUACCUACCUACACAAUCUCUCUCUGACAUACACAUCUCUCUUUUGUACCAUUCUGGCCUCUUCUUUUAGUCAUCCAUUGACAAACAGUGAAGAGUUUGACUGCAGUAGGAUUUUGUCUUAGUCAAAUAUUGCAUUUCUAUGAUAUUUUAAUGCCUUUUUUAUUUGCCAUCCCCAAAAACAGGCAUCUGGGAAUGCUCUAGCAAGAGGUAUAUUCAAAGAACAAGAACCCUAUGUGGUAUUUAUGUUUGUAUUUAUUUAUUUUCACAUGAUGGAAGGGGAAAAAGCUUUGUGGCCUUUCUCCAUGCAGCCUGCUUGCUGCUGCCCAUAGCCAUAGGUUAUUCUGGUGAAGAGCAUGGGCUGCUGUGGUUUUCUUACCAUGUUUCUGGUGAUGUUAAAGCCACAGUCAAAGUUUCUUAGUUUGGGCCUGUGCAAAUUGCUAGUAACACAGGGUAAACCUUAGAUAGUCAAGAGCAAAUGGAUGCUGCUUUCUGAAACACUGGGGUGUUGCCAGUAUUUUGUUAUAUUGAAUAUAUUCCCUGUGUCCUGGCUACCAUCUCUGCUUAAUUUUUCCACCAAUUCCCUGCCAGAAGUGCACAUUGAGCUAGAAAAAUCUAAAAAAGCUAAAACAUCUUGGGUGAGAUUUUAGAUCAAUAAUGGUUAUUAUUUAUUUAUUUAUUUUUGUAAUGGAGAAACAAUUGAAGCCAAUUAUUUUUGGAAUAUAAUUUCCUCACGAAGGCACAAAUGCUCAUAACUUCCUAUCCCACUAAUUCAAGAGGCAUUUUUCAGCUGUGAUCUUCCAGUAGGAAUCACAAAAAUAAGAGCCUGAUGAUUUACUGUAAGAACUGGAGGAUAUAUGCAUGCUAUGGCAAUGUUUCUAUGGUCCCUUAGAAAAAUGGUUAUUGUAAUAACUGGUGAUGGAUGCUUAAAUAGAAGGCUUUGCUGAGGAAAGCAUGUCAGUGUGAGGGUUCAGAGAUGGUGUAUGUGUGUAUGUACAAUGUACACAGAUAAAUGUCAGAAAUAACUCCACUGCUAUACUGUGGUAUGGGUACAGACUGCGUGGUUUGGAGUAAUCAUUAUGUUGCCUUAACUUUCAGCACUGCCUUUUUCUUACUGUUAUUAGGGUCUGUGCAGUGUGACACACAGGUGAUGAUAUCCAGGGGUGGAUGGGAAUGUGAUGUGUGGAGAGUGGGAAAGCACUGGCCAGGGACAACCUCUGAAGGGCUGAGAUGGGUUUCUAAUGGGGGUUUGCAGAGGUUUUAAAUCCUCCGCAGUCUCUUGGUAAUGUCCUGAUGUUAUUCUGUAUUAGUCCUGCAAGGAACAGAGAGUCAAGGCCUUCCCUCACCUACACAACACACUGCUGACUUAACCUGUGUAGUACUCAGGAUGGAAGCAGAGCCUCAGAGAAGAGGAGCACACGUUUUACAGUAUUAAUGCCUUAGCAAAGGGUCUUUUUACCCAAGAUCCAGAAAUUGUUCACUAAAGGCUCCCAAAUGACUAAUAUGUGUUAGAAAGGCAACAUUAUUGCUGCCUACAAGUCUCUUCAGGCUGAUGUGGACUCAGGAUUUGUGGCCCCCUUUCUAAGGAAGUGUGAGCCACAGGCCAUCGGAUAGGCUUUAUGCUGAGAACCGAGUUUCUGGACAACCUCAAAUCACACAUCAGCCUGUGUAAUGGGUGUUACAAAAAGAAAUACAAAAUGUGCAAAUUCAGAGAUGAUGUCACCUGCAAAAUGUUCAGUGCAAGAAAGUCCAUGCAAACUGUGUGUUUGGGUGAAUGAGGCUUUUAUUGUUCCCAUUCUCCAAACACCUCAAAUAUAUUGCAUCAUUUUGUUUAAAUUACAAAUUUAACAGAUAUCCAGACAAUCAUUCACACUCAUCAGAUUUACAGUUUUCCAUGCAUGACAAACUAAUCUGGAUUUUGACAAACUUUUGUCUUCUCUCCUAAAUCAAUGGACUGUAUGUGAACAUCCUUGAACUAAUGGGAAUUGUUUCUGUAUACAGAUCCCAAAUUUGCAUCUCAGACCACUUCCUUUGCUGAUGGAAAUAGCCCAUUUUUAUCUUGUUGGAAUGUUUACUUUGGAGGCCACAAAUGUUCUUUCCUUAUGCUUAGGCAAUCUGGGAGGAGAAUUAGGUUUUGCCUGGCUAGUUUUCACAACUGCAUGCAGUGAGAAAAUGUUCAUAUAGCUUCAUGAGCACUGAAAUUAUUUUAGAGUUAUUUCAUAUAUAGUUAGUUCAUGGUCUACCCUCCUGAAGUGUAUGUUUUUAUUUUUGUUCUCCACAAGAAAGAGUAAACCCAACCUGAACUAUAUUUUACCAUUCACAUGUACAAACCUAAGGGUAUUUCUAUUUUUUAUUAUUCUUUUUUUGCUUGCUUUAAGCAAUAACAUUCCAUUUCUGAAUCUAACAACUGCACAGAAGACAGCACUCUGAUGUACUCCUGGCAUAGAAGAGAAAAACACAACUGUACUCUCUCAAAAAAAUUUAACAUUUGUUUCUGGGAGGUUAGACAAUGAUUUACUUAAUAUAUAGCAAGUACUGCUUAUUUCAAGGCAGGCAUUAAUUGAUAGCAUCUUUCCAUUCUGUUGCUGGGAGGAGUAUAUAUAUAGCAAUGCUUUCUCUUUAGUUUCUUUUGUCCAUGCCAAAGAAUGUAAUCGAACUGAUAUUGCAAACAUAGAUUAAUGUGAAUGUAUUCACCCGAGUGCUUAAACCUUUCUACCUCUCCUAGCUGCUAUAACUGAUUGAAGUGUUCUUGCAUAAAACAGUCAAAAGAACAGAAUGCAUGUAAAAGCCUAAAUCCUAUUUUCAUUUAGAGCUUAAGGAUUUAGGAUUUAUCUUAUUAACUUCCUGUCAGAUACUUGUUCCUAUAAAAUGGGCAUAGGCACCCAAGAAAGGCUCUGAGAAUAGUCCUUUCGAUUGGUCAAAUAAUGUUUUAUUUAUUUAUAUAUUUAUUUAAUUUAUGUCAGCAACUGUGACUUGUUAGACAUGGAAAGUUAUCUUACCUGACAAGUAGGAUUUCACAAGGGUGGCAGAAAGCAUGCAGCUGCUCGUUAAAAGGGCUGUGGCCCUCCUUUCCCAGCCCUCCCCACAGGGAGGGAAGGUGCAAGGCACAGGCUUUUAACCUCCCUGCCUCCUGGGGAGGCAUGAGCCUCCAUCUGCAUGGCAAAUGCUCUCACCAUGCUGUUAUUCUGGAUCUCCCUCAAAUCUUCCUGUUAGAACUUUUCUACUUGGCUUGAAAUUCCUAAAAACUAACAUUUAACAUCGUGCUUAUGGUAUUUAUCAAGGAGAUAAAGUACCUGGCAGCAAGAGCAGCUCACUGAAAUAGCUUGAAUUAUUUGUUUGUGGUGGAAAGGUUUUGAUCCCUCUUUCUUCCCACCUAUGAGAAGGUUUUGACCCCUCUUUCUUCCCACCUAUGUUGCAAAGUGAGGGUGGAGAUACCCUGACAGGAGGAGGGAAUGAAGAUCCAUCAUUGCAGUUGACCUCUUGGGUGAUUUCUCAUGCAAGCAGAUAAAUGGCCCUGUGGCAAAAUUCCUUAUUUUCCCUUCAUUUCCUUCCACAUUUGGGCAACUUUGACUUCAGUUUAUAUACAGGUUCUGCAUAGUAUUUACAAAUGAGAGAGAAAUUGCAGCUCUAUAGCAAACUGUACUUUUUGUGGAAAAGAAAAUAUGAAAAAACAUUUCAGCUUUUCUCUUUCCUCAUUGGGCCCUCUGGGGUUCGACGCCAAACUCUUCCCUUUACACAAGCCAGGCCUGAUUUGUCUGACAUGUUGCUCUGAAAGGUUCCCAAGGCUGGUGCCAGCACUCCCUUGAGGAACCUGGUGGAGUCAAACAAGUGGGAUAUUAAUCCACAGAUUUUAAGGAAGGGAAAUGUUUUAAAAUCAUCUGUCAUGGUAUCCCAUAUAACACACUCCAGAGCUUUUCUCCCACUUGCUCCUGCAGCAGAAGGAAUUAUUUUUGCCUGUUAACACUGUGAGGUGCAAUAGUUUGUGCCUGAAAUACAGCACAUCCUCCUGCAGCACACUGGAUCUUGAUGUAGUCAGUUAACCCUAGCCACAUUUCCUAGGCUGCUGCAAUGAUUUUAAUCCUCUUUGUUGAAUCUGUGGUCACCAUUUGGCUUCUAAAGGUGCUAACAGACUCCUUAAACCAAAGCUUUUAAGAGAUGACAGCAGUCCUUUUGCCAAAUGACUGCAGGAAGCUCAGUGCUGAAGAGCAUCCUUCAGGGGGAGAACCACUGCAGUGGGUCCACAGCCAGCUCAGAAAGGUGGCAUCAGAGAUAUUUUAGACAAAUACUAUCUGGGUAAAACUACUACAGUUUUUCAGCCCAAUUGAGAAAUCAAUAUAUUAUGAUCUAAAAUAUACUGUCAUAUGAGUUUUGCAGGCUUUUGCAGGUUUUUUAUAUAUAAAAAAAUAAAAAGUCUGUUCCACUGACAUUUCCUUCCCCUGAAUCCUUUCUUCUUUAAAAACAUUUCAGGAAAAAUUUCACAGGGUUUUUUAUUGCCAUCAGGCUAAUCAGGCAUUAUUUCUCACAUCUCUUCCUAUCAGGGACAAGCACAGUCAAGAGGGACAGGAGAGUGCCAUGCUUCAGAAUAAAAAUAGAUAGUGAGGAGAACUGUUAGUGCUCUUCCCGUGAGCGAUUUCAGCAUUCAGGCUGUGACAUGAGGGAUCCAGCAUGGCAGAGCCUGGGCUGGCAGUGCUGACGCUGACUUCAGCCUUAGCUUGGACCAUGCAGAUUUUCACAAUUUGUUUUGGAAGUCUCCAGGUUUCCAUAAUUUGUUUAACUGUUGAAAGCAGGACUAGGGCAGAUCCUUAGCUGGUGUACGCAGCUUAGCUUUGUGAGCCUCGCUGGAGCCACGUCAGUCUGCACAAGCUGAGGGCAGAGCCUGGUCUGUUUUGGAUCUUCUUUCUCAUGCUUUGUAUGCUCUUCUGCAGUGUAACAAGUGCUGAUUUGGAGCAUUAAUUGCAUGCAUUUGACAGAAACAGAAUUCGAGUUAGGUUUAUUGUUUUGAUACAGUCUCAAAAGGAAAGCUUUUUACUAGCGUUUUAAUACAGCCAUUUGUAAACACCUGGCAAAUAAAAAUUGCGAGUCUAAUCCUUCUGCUAGUGGAGUCAUUGACAAAAUUCCCUUUGGCUUUAGUAGGAGUUGGACUGGGUUCAGUGUAAGUGCUAUACUCUAGUGUUAAUGAUAAUGAUUUAAUGUUUUAUAUAUCGAUGCUUUUUUGCUGGACAGUGCAUUGGCUUUUUAUGAUUUGGUGAUAUAUACGAAUAAACUACUUGAAACGUUAA